AUGGCGUUUCAUUGCCCACCCGAGGAACCGAAACCCACCCACAGUUACAUCGGAAUUAUCGCGAUGGCCAUCUUGAACUCAAAAGAAAAAAAGCUCGUCCUUAGCGACAUCUACCAGUGGAUAUUGGACAACUAUCCGUAUUUCCGAAGGAGAGGGCCAGGCUGGAGAAAUAGUAUCCGGCACAAUUUGUCUCUGAACGAUUGUUUCGUCAAAUCUGGGAGGAGCGCGAAUGGUAAGGGGCACUAUUGGGCGGUGCAUCCGGCAAACGUGGAUGAUUUUCAAAAAGGAGAUUUCAGAAGGAGGCGGGCACAAAGGAAGGUGAGGCGA